AUGAUUAGUGGAGAAACAAACUCAUGUUCCAUCCUGACUGAUCUUGUCAACGACAUACUCUCAAGAUUGCCUGCCAAGUCAGUUGCGAGGUUUCGUUGCGUUUCGAAGUUAUGGAGCUCCAUACUUCUUCGUCCAUAUUUCACCGAGUUUUUCCUGACCAGAUCCUCUGCGCGGCCGCGUCUCUUAUUCGCAGUAGAACAAGAAGGCGAUGAUUGGUGCUUCUUCACUUCGCCUCAGCCGAAAAUUCCAGAUGAUGAGGAGUUGUCUCUUGAAGUAACUGCCGAUUGUCAAAUGAAGUUCCCUGGAGGCAACACAUGUCUAGAAUUUUGUGGUCGUGCCUCUGAUUUGAUCUAUUUAUGUCCACAUAUCUCAGAACAUGAUCAGUGUAUAAUAAUAUGUAAGCCUAGCACGGGUCAGUUCACGAGCUUACCUAUACCUAAAGAGUGUAAUCGGAGAAGCUUUUGGAGAAGUUUUUUAGGGUUUGAUCCGAUUGGCAAACACUUCAAGGUAUUGUCCAUUGGAGAUCUUGACGCUGAUGAAAAGAGAUGCCAGUAUCAAAUUUUGACACUAGGUACUGGAAAUGAUUCAUGGAGGAAGAUCCAUUGUCCCUUAAACCAUUUUCCUAGCAGUGAAGGGAUAUGCAUCAAUGGGGUUUUGUAUUACUUAGCUGAAUAUUCUGCUGAACAAAGAGAUGGAACUUGUUAUAUGAUAGUUUGCUUUGAUGUUAGGUCUGAAAAAUUCAAGUUUAUAUACAGAGAUUUCAUUAGUUAUCGGGAUAAUACUGAACUGAUCAAUUACAAGGGUAAAUUAGGCGUGGUUACUUGGGAGUAUGAUUGUCAUACUUGUACAAUGCGUUCUCUUACAUUGUGUUUGUGGGUUAUAAAAGAUGCCGAGGAACCUGAAUCAUCGAAAUGGUCAGAAUAUGUCUACACUAUUUGGGAGAGUCAAUUCGAUGGCUGCGAUGUUUCCACUUUUUGGGGGAAUCCAAUCGUUGGUGUGACUGCUACAGGUGAAAUUGUUAUUUCGACGGAAGAUGCAUCUAAGCCGUUUUAUGUUUUUUUCUUCAAUCCAGAAAGGAGCACUGUUCUAAGUGUUGAAAUCCAAGGUUUUAGAGCUGCUAACCAUGGCGCUUUACAGCAACGUAGUAGAAUGGUUAGAGUCUUUGUAGACCAUGUUGAGGAUCUGAAGUUUAUUACUAUGUAGACGACAUAAAAUGCUGCAACAUCUAUAAGCUCACCAGAACAGAAGCGUGAGGCCAAGAACACAUCAACAACAUCAUCUCAAGCUUACCUUCAAUUUGAGAGCAUUAACAAAAUUGA